UUCUCGAUGGCCUCUCAGAUACCGCGCGUCGAUGUUGUUUUCCUGGCGUACAGUCCGGUUGCCGGAAAGGCCCCUUCGGUUACGCUGGACAGCAUUUGUACGGUUAGUUUGUACGAGUUGCAGCGACAUCUUCAGACGAAGCGUGCCGAACGGAACAGUAUGGGUGUGGCGGCGUAUAAACACUACAAAUGGUACAAUGCGGUGCUGGCAGAGGAACUACGAACGAUCGGCAAAGGACAACCGCGACCAUUGCUGCAGGCUUUCCAUUGGUACAUCGAAACCUCCAACAGCGAUGCGUUCCGGAUCGAGCAUCAACAGUACGAUGCAGUAUCGCUAAUAGUGGCGGCUGAGGUGGAACACUGGUACUGUGCUCGACCUGGCCACAGUGCCCAGGGUAGCCGGGCACGGAUAUCGUUCGGUGAACAAUCGAACAUUGCGAUCGUGCCCCUGACGCCGAAAGUUGGCUCCAAUCAGCCGCAGCUACGCCGACACCGAUCGACAACUCUCGAAAGAAUUCGAGAGGAAUGUUAA